UUCGAUAUGGCGAACCAGGUUAUCAAGUGCAAGGCUGCAGUAGCCUGGGAAGCUGGAAAGCCUCUCUCCAUAGAGGAGAUAGAGGUGGCACCCCCAAAAUCUCAUGAAGUUCGAAUUAAGAUUAUUGCCACUGCAGUUUGCCAUACUGAUGCCUAUACCCUGAGCGGGGCUGACCCAGAGGGGUGUUUUCCAGUAAUCCUGGGACAUGAAGGAGCUGGAAUUGUGGAGAGUGUUGGCGAAGGAGUUACUAAGGUGAAAGCAGGUGACACUGUCAUUCCACUUUAUAUCCCACAGUGUGGAGAAUGCAAAUUUUGUCUAAAUCCUAAAACAAACCUUUGCCAGAAGAUAAGAGUCACUCAAGGGAAAGGCUUAAUGCCAGAUGGUACUAGCAGAUUUACUUGCAAAGGAAAGACCAUUUUACAUUACAUGGGAACCAGCACUUUUUCUGAAUACACAGUUGUAGCUGAUAUCUCUGUUGCUAAAAUAGAUCCGUUGGCACCUCUGGAUAAAGUCUGCCUGCUGGGUUGUGGCAUUUCAACUGGUUAUGGUGCUGCCAUAAACACUGCCAAGGUGGAGCCUGGCUCUACUUGCGCCAUCUUUGGCCUGGGAGGAGUUGGAUUGGCAACUAUCAUGGGCUGUAAGGUGGCUGGUGCAUCCCGGAUCAUUGGUGUCGACAUCAAUAAAGAUAAAUUUGCAAGGGCCAAAGAGUUUGGAGCCUCAGAAUGUGUUAACCCGCAGGACUUCAGUAAGCCUAUCCAGGAGGUGCUCGUUGAGAUGACAGAUGGAGGUGUAGACUAUUCUUUUGAGUGCAUUGGUAAUGUGAAGGUCAUGAGAGCAGCGCUGGAAGCUUGCCACAAGGGUUGGGGUGUCAGCGUCGUGGUUGGAGUAGCUGCUUCUGGUGAAGAAAUCUCUACUCGUCCAUUCCAGCUGGUAACAGGUUGCACAUGGAAAGGCACUGCCUUUGGAGGAUGGAAGAGUGUAGAAAGUAUCCCAAAGCUGGUGUCUGAAUAUAUGUCUAAAAAGAUAAAAGUUGAUGAAUUUGUGACUCACAAUCUGUCCUUUGACCAAAUUAAUGAUGCCUUUGAACUGAUGCAUGCUGGAAAGAGUAUUCGAACUGUUGUUAAGGUUUAA